CCAAAAGGGACUCCAGACACGGGGUUCAUCACGCGAGCCCCCGAUCUUCCCCGCGAGAAACAUCUACAGCGUGGAAGGAAAGACCUGGCAACCAGAGGUUUGAUUCCUAUUGGAAUUGUGGCAAGCGCCAAGUCAAUCUGGAAAGAAUUCCCCUCCAUCUGGUACGUCAACUUUGAGGUGUCCAUUUCUGAUGAGCAUCGAGCCCAGCUACAGGAUUAUCAGCAGAAUGUGCUGGACUAUCUGUCGUGGGCGAGCGUCAACUGGUGGGAAGAGGUCUUUGAUCUUAUUCCCCCCGGAAACAAUGAGGAGGUCAAGAGGAGUCAGACUACGGCGCUGGCCCGUAUAGCUUAUCAGGAUAUGACAGGGACGCCGUGGCUGAGUAAGACGUCCAAGACAGAAAGUCAUGUCAGAAUCGAAUGUGAAGCCAAUGAAUUCCACUACCGGCUCCUUUCCGAGAUAGCCAGCGGAUUCAUCCCAUUCAGCCUGACAGCAUCAAUAGGCCUG